CUCCAGGUGCCAGCCUUCGUCAGAGACAUGCACCAGAGACUGACAGCCAGCGCGACUCCAGAAGAGAAGGUGCUGGCGGAGUUUCUGAGGGUGACUGAAGAACACCCUGCUGAUGCUGUGGUGACCCUCCUGCGCUGUGCCCCAUCAUGUGACAGAGCUGCUGCCAUCAUGUGGAGGACCAUCACCUCAUCUGGAAGGACAGUGGUGAAGGUGCUGCCAGAGCUGCUCUCCGUGAUGGAGGACUGGCCACUGCACGGCAUGUCCACCUCUGACGGGGACGAAACAGAUGUCUUUGCCCUGGCUGCAACCAGGGUGAUCUGGGAGAUUCUGCAGAUGUUCCGGUUUGCAGAGUCAUUGAUAGAGUAUUCCCCCCGUCUCCUCGUGGCUCUGCUCUGCCAAGUUGUCAUCAGCACAGAGCAGAUGCCAGAGGAGGUCGACACCUUCUGGAGGGGAUGCCGGGAGCAACACAACCUUCCCACCGAGCCCAACAGGUUUGCAGUGCUGAUCACGAAGGCCCUGCUUUGCCAUCUGGAGUGUGAGGAAGUUGUGGUUUCAAUGGAACGCAAGCGCGGCUGGGACACGCUCCUCAGCACCGACACCCACCACUACGCGGUGGGUCUGCUGGCCAGGGAGAUGCGCCGUGUCUCCAGCCCCUUGUGUUCCCGCAUCACACUCCACCUGCUGGAGCUGCUGAGCAGGGAGGAGCCCCACUUGGAGGUCCUCGCCGUGGCAUUCCUUGUGGAGGUCCUGGACGAGCUGGACAUGAGUGACUGGGGAGACAGCAUUCUGCAGAGCCUUGCAAGGCACCUGCGGAGUGGGUGCCCAGAGAGGCGUCGCCUGGCGCUCCGAGGCCUCCUGGUGCUCAGCCAGGAUCCCGUGAUGGUGAGAAGGGGCACUUGGCUGAAGCCGUGCUGGAACCCUGGGGCUGGGGAACGCAGUCGCUUGGGCUUGGCUGGGCUUCGGGAGCUGUGACAGCUGCUCCCAGCUCUGCUGCCUCCCCGCUCAG